UUUUAUUGUCGAUUUCCCUUCCUCUUCCAGUGCGAAUUCGCUGGGCAGGAGAGAGGAGAAAAAAUAAAAAAAAAACAAACAAGCCGAACCGCACACCUAUUUUUUAUUAUUAUUGCUGUUAUUGUUGCUUUUUGGUUUUUUUGUUUGUUUGUUUGUUUUCUUUUCUUUUUUUUUUUUUAACAAAAGGGAAUCCCUCUUUUUCUCCUGGAUUUGUGGAUGCACCGAUGAGAGAUCCAGCCUUCCCAGGGACUGCCAUGGCUUACCACCCCUUCCACGCUCCCCGGCCGGCCGACUUCCCCAUGUCCGCUUUUCUCGCCGCCGCUCAGCCCUCCUUUUUCCCCGCUCUGGCUCUGCCCCCGGCGGCUCUGGCCAAGCCCAUGCCGGACCCGGGGCUGGCCGGGGCGGCCGAGGCUGGGCUGCACGUCUCGGCUCUGGGCCACCACCACCAGGCAGCCCAUCUGCGCUCCCUCAAGAGCCUGGAACCCGAGGAGGAGGUGGAGGACGACCCCAAAGUGACGCUGGAAGCCAAAGAGCUUUGGGACCAAUUCCACAAGCUGGGCACCGAGAUGGUGAUCACCAAAUCCGGGAGGAGGAUGUUCCCCCCGUUCAAGGUGCGGGUGAGCGGCCUGGACAAGAAGGCCAAAUACAUUUUGCUCAUGGAUAUAGUUGCGGCCGACGACUGCCGGUACAAAUUCCACAACUCCCGCUGGAUGGUGGCCGGAAAGGCCGACCCGGAGAUGCCCAAACGCAUGUACAUCCACCCCGACAGCCCGGCCACCGGGGAGCAGUGGAUGGCCAAACCCGUUGCCUUUCACAAACUCAAGCUCACCAACAACAUCUCGGACAAACACGGCUUUACCAUUCUGAACUCCAUGCACAAAUACCAACCCCGCUUCCACAUCGUGAGGGCCAACGACAUCCUCAAGCUGCCCUACAGCACCUUCCGCACCUACGUGUUCCCCGAGACCGACUUCAUCGCCGUCACCGCCUACCAGAACGACAAGAUCACGCAGCUGAAAAUCGAUAACAACCCCUUCGCCAAAGGCUUUCGGGACACGGGCAACGGCCGUCGGGAGAAGAGGAAGCAGCUCUCGCUGCCGUCGCUGCGGAUGUACGAGGAGCCCUGCAAACCCGACCGAGACGGCGGCGAAUCGGACGCGUCCUCCUGCGAACCAUCGGCUGUGCGCGACGCACUGCACUCCCCCGUGGGCCCCCUCCCCAGCCCCCUGCGCCUGAAGGCCAGCGGCAGAGAGGAGAAGCCGGGGGCUGACAGCGACGCGGAGGUGGAGAAGGUGCCCGAGGAGCGGCCAGCGGGCGGCAGCCCCGGUGGGGAGGACACAUCACCCCGCGGCAGCCCACGGUGCACCGACGAGCGGGGCAAGGAGAGGCGCAGCCCAGAGAAAGCCAAGGAUGGAGCAUCCCAGGGGGACGGCCCCGGUGAGGGUCUGUUUGGAGCACGGGGCAUGGAGAAGGACAAAGUGGAAGGGAGAAGGAAAGAGCCGGAGCAGGGCAAGAAGGACGCAGAGGGAGUCGGGCUGGGCAAGGAGGCCUUCGCCCCGCUGAUGGUGCACACGGACAGCCCCCCGCACCUGAGCGCCGGGCACCUGCAGAGCCUCGCGCUCUCUGGGCUCCACGGGCAGCAGUUCUUCAGCCCGCUGGGUGCCGGGCAGCCACUCUUCAUCCACCCGGGACAGUUUGCCAUGGCCCCCGGGGCUUUCUCCGCUAUGGGCAUGGGACAUUUGCUGGCCUCGGUGACCGGCGGCGGCAGCCUGGAGAACGGGGCUCUCUCAUCUGCCCCGGGCGCAGCGGGGACGGCCACCCCCUUCCCAUUCCACCUCUCCCAGCACAUGCUGGCUUCUCAGGGAAUCCCGAUGCCCACUUUCGGCGGCCUCUUCCCCUACCCCUACACCUAUAUGGCAGCAGCAGCAGCAGCCGCCUCAGCCAUGCCGGCCACCAGCGCAGCCGCCGCCGCCGGGCCGCUGUCCCGCAAUCCCUUCCUGGGCAGCAGCCGCCCUCGCCUGCGCUUCAGCCCCUACCAGCUCCCUGUCAGCAUCCCGCCCAGCACCAACCUGCUCACCACCGGCCUCCCCUCCAGCCUCAACCCCGGCUCUGAGAGCUCCAAGGCGGGCAGCAGCCGUGAGCCCAGCCCCAUCCCCGACGCGCACAAAGCCCAGCGCCCCGCCGUCUCCCCCCCCAAAGGUUCCCUGAAGGAAUCCCUCAACGAACUGCAGAACAUCCAGAGACUGGUGAGCGGGCUGGAGAGCCAGCGGGAGCUGUCGCCCGGCAGGGAGUCCCCCAAGUGACCGACGGGGGGGGCAGGCAGCGCACCCACCUCCUCCCCCCCGGGGCUGAGAAGCACUGGUCUUUUGUACAGCACAGUAUAAAUAUUUAUUAAAGGUGGGGGCGGAUGGGGAGGGGGCUCUCCGUAUAGCCGCCCCCCACCCCGAGUGCCACCCCCCAUCCCUGCUCCCUGCCUCGGGGCAUGGGGCUGCCCUAUUGUCGGACGGGGAGGGCGGUGGGGCUGAGAGCUCCGUGCAAAGGGUGGCAGUGGGAGGGGAGGGGGGGGAAGGGAGGGGGGAAAAACUAAACACAAAGGAAAAGAAGAAGCGAAGCAUGGAAAGGAGCUGCGCUGCCACCGCCACGCAGGGAGCGAGCGGCAGGGCAGGUAUUUAUGAAAUAAAUGGUAAUUUGUGUAAAUAAGCUAUAAGGAUCCCAGAAUAUGCAAAUUGGUAUUAAUUUAUUCAGAGUUGUACAUUGGUGUGUACAUAAUAUUUAGAGUUUAACUCAUCGCAUUUAAGUUUUUCGUUGGUUUUUUUUUUUUUUUUUUUUUUCAUUUUACAUGAACAUAUAUAUUGUAAAUGAAAACUAUUUAGCUCUUUGUGAUUGAAGGAGAUAUUGGUUUCUUUAACUGUGUUUAAAAUAUUGUUUAUCCCACCUGCUCUUCAGGACAAUCAGUGCCACCGGUACCACAAUGUUUGGAGUCGUUGGAACAAAGAGUUCAAUUCUUUAAUGGACUUUUGCAAGGAAAUAAUAAUUAUAAUAAUAAGAAAUUGAAUCCAAAAUGUAGGAAAAUGUCUCUCCAGAGCGGGGUAUGCAGAAUGCAGGAAUAAACCUCAGGUUUUUAUUUUUCACUCCAGAACAAAGCGAAACAACAACAAUAAAAGAAGUAUAAUAAAUCUAAAUAUCACAGGACUGUGCUCUAUAUUUGUUUUAAAAUAAAAAGAUACAAUGAUUUGAAACGUG